AUGGCCAGUCUAUCCCAGCACCUGCUGCGGCCCUCGCGACGCAUCCUCGCCGCCGGCCCGGCCAGGCAGUGCCUCCGCGCCGCGUCCUCCUCCUCCUCCUCCUCCUCCUCCAGCCGCGGCCCCGUGCCGGAGGAGAUCCCCGACCGCGACCUCGAGGUCGGCGAGCUGCAGGGCGCAAAGUUCCGCAUCGAGCCCCUGCGCCGCGUGGGCGAGGACCCCGAGACCAUGCGCGCGCGCCUCCUCUACCAGUCCCGCAAGCGCGGCACCCUCGAGUCGGACCUCCUCCUCUCCACCUUCGCCAGCCAGAACCUGCCCGCCAUGACGCCCGAGCAGCUGCGCCAGUACGACCGCUUCCUCGACGAGAACGACUGGGACAUCUACUACUGGGCCACGCAGGACGAGUCCGCCUCCUCGCCCCCCUCCUCCGCCGUCGGAAGCGGCACCCUGCAGAGCUCGGAGCCCUACAUCGCAGCAGCAGAGGAAGGCGCGAAGCGGGGCGAGGACGUGCCCGUGCGGGAGCAGCGCGCCGGCGAGUGGGCGCAGACGGUGGGCACCUUCCGGCCCGCGUACCGGCCCGUGCCCGCCCGGUGGAAGGGCAGCGAGGUCCUGUCGCUGCUGCGCGAGCACGUCCGCGACAAGUCGGCCGCGGGCACGCUCAAGGGCGCCCGCGGCGGCGGCGGCAUGGCGUUUAUGCCGCCGCUGGACAAGUGA